AGUGUGCAGAGCAGCUCUUUGGCACGCUCGCUGCAGGCGGGAGCUGCUGCUCGAUGAGGUGUCUGCCAGCAGGCUGCACCCUGACAGCACUCUGAGUAUUUUCUUUGUGCCCACAGGUAUUGUCCGGUGCAGACUUGAGCAGCACAGCUGCGACCAUGGACAGAGUGUGCGCUGCUGCAGUGUGCACGGCUUUUUCUGUGGCUUAUUCCGGGUACUUCUUCACCCACCUGGCACGUCACAUCGCCCGUGCCUGGAGAGAAUCCGCUCCUUGGGUGAGUGGGAAAGGAGCCUUUGGCCUUGGGAGCGUUGGACAGUUGUGGAGCACGGCGUGAGCUGGGCGUGCUGCAGUCCAGUGCCAGCCUGCUCGGAUGAAUGAAAGCACAGUCCAGGCUCUGUGCAGCACCACCAGCAGCAGCGGCAGCUGCAGCAUGCACAGGAUCCCUGGCUGUUUCCUCCAGUUCCACUUCAGAGCUUUUUCAGCAGAUGAAAGUCAGCUUGCUCGGUGCUUGGAGCCAUGAUGGAAUUUCUCCUAUCCAAGAGAGUGCAGUCUGCUCUGCGUGGCCCAUUUUACUUCUGGCUGACCGACUUAGAAUCCUGAUGGUUUCUCCUUAGCAGAUGUGGCACUAGAGCUGGAUAUAAAGCAGGUUGCCUGUCCCUCACGUUGCUUUCUGUCUGCAGAGCCCAAAACCAACCUCUGAGCCUCCUCUGGCUGAGUGUGCUCCUGAAGAAGAGGCCAAAGGGAAGGAAGAUGCCCACCAAGCUGCAGAUGCUGCCACUGCAGGGCCUGAGCACCCAGCAUCAAGCACAGGGGCAGCGCCAGCACUUGCUCUGGCUGCCUCAGCAGCCGAGGAAGAGGCUGAAGAGGACGAAGGUGCCAGUGAAGCUGCCACUGCUGUCAGCCCACGGCCUAAGCUGCCAGCAUCAAGCUCCAGCGCCUCUGUCGUGGCACCUGCACGAGCUGCAGCUGCAGGCUCUGAAGAAGCCGCCAGUCCCCAAGCUGGGAGCUCCAGCACGAGCAGCUCGUGCACCUGGAGCACAAGCAGUUCCUCUGGCGGCACAGAGCAGCUGCGAGAGAGGACAGAGGACGAGUGGCUGGCCAUGCUGAGGAUGCUGGUAAACAAAGGAGAUCCAGAGGCUAAAUAUACAGAUCUGGAUAUCAUUGGCAAAGGGGGUUUCGGCACUGUGUGCACGGCAGUGGAGACUGCCACAGGAGAAGAGGUGGCAAUAAAGAAAAUUAGUCUCCUGCAAGAGAGAAUCAACGAGCUAUGCGUGAAGGAAAUCCAGGUCAUGCGGGACAAUAAGAAUGUCAACCUUGUGAGCUAUAUAGACUGCUACCUGGUGCACGAGGAACUCUGGCUUGUGAUGGAAUACAUGGACGGAGGUUCCUUACAUGAUGUCAUCAGGGAGACCAGGAUGGCAGAAGGAGAGAUUGCAGUCGUCUCUCGGGAGUGCCUGCAAGGCCUGGAUUUCCUUCACUCCCAUCAAGUCAUCCACCGAGACAUCAAAAGCCACAACAUUCUCCUGCGCUUGGACGGAUCUGUCAAGCUGGCUGAUUUUGGACUCGCUGCUCAGCUCACGGCUGAGCAGAGCAAACGGAGAUCAGCUGUCGGCACUACUUACUGGAUGGCGCCAGAGAUUUUCACCAGGAAGCCCUAUGGCCCCAAAGUGGACAUUUGGUCCUUUGGCAUCGUGGGCAUCGAGAUGGUGGAAGGAGCGCCUCCUUACCUGAUGAAAACCUCCCGCACGGUUGGACAGCUGAUCAGCACCGGGGGCACCCCGAAGCUGCAGAACCCCAGGCAGCAGUCCCCUUGGCUGCGAGACUUUCUGCGCUGCUGCCUGCAGACAGACGAGGACAGGCGCUGGUGUGCCCAGGAACUUCUGCAGCAUCCGUUUGUAACCUCAGCCAAGCCGACCUCCAGCCUGACGCCUCUGAUCGUGGCAGCACAGCAGUUUAUGGCCGACAGGAGAUACUAGCCCUGGAAGAGGCCAUUGUUGUUUGUUGUAGUUUGUAGUUGCUAGUUUGUAGCUGCUAGUUUGUAGUUGCUAGUUUGGUGUUUGUUUAGAUUGGUCAAAAUAAAUACUAUAAAACCU